AUGAGCUCCCCGGGCGCCGAGAGUGCGGGGAAGAGCCUGCAGUACCGAGUGGACCACCUGCUGAGCGCCGUGGAGAGCGAGCUGCAGGCGGGCAGCGAGAAGGGCGACCCCACGGAGCGCGAGCUGCGCGUGGGGCUGGAGGAGAGCGAGCUGUGGCUGCGCUUCAAGGAGCUCACCAACGAGAUGAUCGUGACCAAGAACGGCAGGAGGAUGUUCCCGGUGCUGAAGGUGAACGUGUCUGGCCUGGACCCCAACGCCAUGUACUCCUUCUUGCUGGACUUUGUGGCUGCGGACAACCACCGCUGGAAGUACGUGAACGGAGAGUGGGUCCCCGGGGGCAAGCCCGAGCCGCAGGCGCCCAGCUGCGUCUAUAUCCACCCCGACUCGCCCAACUUCGGGGCCCACUGGAUGAAGGCACCCGUCUCCUUCAGCAAAGUCAAGCUCACCAACAAACUCAACGGAGGGGGUCAGAUCAUGUUGAACUCCUUACACAAGUACGAGCCCCGGAUCCACAUAGUGAGAGUGGGGGGCGCACAGCGGAUGAUCACCAGCCACUGCUUCCCUGAGACCCAGUUCAUCGCCGUGACCGCUUACCAGAACGAGGAGAUCACGGCUCUUAAAAUUAAAUACAAUCCAUUUGCAAAAGCUUUCCUUGAUGCAAAGGAAAGAAGUGAUCACAAAGAUAUGAUGGAGGAACCUGGAGACAGCCAGCAGUCCGGGUACUCCCAAUCAGGGGGGUGGCUCAUCCCUGGAACCAGCAGCCUGUGCCCACCCGCCACCCCCCACCCUCAGUUCGGAGGGCCCCUCUCUCUUCCCUCCACGCACGGCUGUGAAAGGUACCCCGCCCUCAGGAACCACCGGCCAACCCCAUACCCCAGCCCUUAUGCACACCGGAAUAAUUCUCCAACCUAUUCUGACAAUCCAUCGGCGUGUUUGUCCAUGCUCCAGUCCCACGAGAGCUGGCCCAGCCUUGGGACCCCUGCCCACACCGGCAUGCUUCCCAUGAGCCACGGCGCCGGCCCGCCCAGCAGCUCCAGCCAGUACCCCAGCCUGUGGUCCGUGAGCAACGGCGCCAUCACGCCCGGGGCCCCGACGGCGGCGAUGGCCAACGGGCUCGGCGCGCAGUUCUUCCGGGGCUCGCCCGCGCACGCGGCGCCUCUCACGCACCCGGGGCAGGCCUCCUCCUCGUCGGGAUCCCCGCUGUACGAAGGGGCCCCCACGGCCACAGACAUUCCCGACAGCCAGUACGACGCGGCGGCGCAGGCCCGCCUCCUAGCCUCGUGGACGCCGGUGUCACCACCUUCCAUGUGAAGCGAGGCCUGCGUUGGGACAGACGCCGGACUUCGUGUGGGGCCUCCGCUGUGGACCUGGUUUCUGUUCCGGGUACAGCGUGGCAGCUCGUGGGUCCAGGGGAGGAAAUAGUCCCCAUCACCCUCCCUUUAAAGCAGGAGGAGGGGCGGCGUUCUGCUGUUCUCCGGAGCGCGGUGCCCGCCGUCCGCGGCCGCUGGUGCGCGCAGGUGAAUUGGGUCCGGAAGCCUCGCCGCUGGCCGGACUUACCGCGAUUCACAGUAAAAAUGAUUUUCUAGGGUCCAGAAACUGCCUCUCGUAGGGCACAUGGGCGACUUGGCCCAUCGGAGUCUAUAAACUCCAGCGGCCCUACAUGGGCAAGGUAAAAAGCACACUUAAUUCCCUGCCUUUGCUUGGCAGUAGUUUCCAGGCCCUUUGUGGCCCGGGCCGUGGCGCGAGCUGCGCUGGGACGGACAGAAUCCUGUCAUCACAGCUGAGGACCGCAGACUGUAGUUGAAACGCAGCUUUGCCUGCUCUGCCCGCUAGAAUGUUUGUUCCGAGCAUAGAUAGUUAAUCUCUCGUAUUGUUAAACCUAUGAUUGUUUAUAUUUUUCUUCUAAGUAGCCAAAGACAAUCAGCAGGAAACAUUUUCUGCAAA